GGCCUCGGGCGCGGAGAACCGCUGGGGUCGCCACGGCCGCGCUCGCCGCCGCCGCCCCCCUGCGGGGGUGGCCGGGCUGCCCGGCUCGCGGGGCGCCGCUCCGGGUGAGGCGUCCACCAUGGUGAGGCCCCCGAGCCGCUGCUGCCCGCGCGCCGCCCGCCGCCCCUCGGUGCCGCCGCCUCUGCCGCCGCAGCCUCCCCGCCUGCUGUUGCUCCUCCAUCUCCUGAGCGGAUCACGGUGAGGGAAAGAUGAGCGAGGAGACGGCAACUUCUGACAACGAUUAUGCGCGAGUGCGAGCUGUGGUGAUGACCAGAGAUGACUCAAGUGGUGGAUGGCUGCCCCUCGGGGGGAGCGGACUGAGCAGCGUCACCGUUUUCAGAGCCCCUCAUCAGGAAGAGAAUGGCUGUGCGGACUUUUUUAUCCGUGGAGAGAGACUCAGGGACAAAAUGGUGGUUUUGGAAUGUAUGCUUAAAAAAGACCUCAUCUAUAAUAAGGUCACUCCCACGUUUCACCACUGGAAGAUUGACGACAAGAAGUUUGGCCUUACCUUUCAGAGUCCUGCUGAUGCCAGGGCUUUUGAUCGAGGCAUUCGAAGAGCUAUAGAGGAUAUUUCUCAAGGGUGCCCAGCAUCAAAAAAUGAGGCUGAAGGAGGAGAAGAUGAUUUACAAACAACGGAGGAGGACACUUCCCGUUCCCUAGUGAAAGAUCACCUUUUCCAGCAAGAGACGGUUGUUACCAGUGAGCCUUACCGAAGCUCCGACAUGAGACCAUUACCUUUUGAAGAUCUGAAUGCCAGAAGAGUCUACUUGCAAAGCCAAGUUAGCCAGAUACCAUUCAGUCAACAAGGCCUAGACAUUCAGAGCCGAAGUAUGGAAUAUGUUCAGCGGCAAAUAUCUAAGGAAUGUGGGAGCCUGAAGUCCCAAAAUAGGGUCCCCUUGAAGUCAAUCAGACAUGUCAGCUUUCAAGAUGAGGAUGAGAUUGUCAGAAUAAAUCCUCGAGAUAUCUUGAUACGUCGGUAUGCAGACUACAGACAUCCAGACAUGUGGAAAAAUGACUUGGAGAGAGAUGAUACUGACUCCAAUGUUCCAUUUUCUAAACAAGACUGUAAAAAAUCAGACUAUCUCUACCACUGUGGAGAUGAGACUAAGUUAAGUUCCCUGAAAGACUCUGUGGUAUUUAAGACACAGCCUCCCUCAUUAAAAUUUAAGUCAAAACGAAGAAAAGAGGAUGGGGAGCGUUCCCGCUGCGUGUACUGCCAGGAAAGGUUUAAUCAUGAAGAAAAUGGCAGGGGGAAAUGCCAGGAUGCCCCAGAUCCUGUCAAAAGAUGCAUAUACCAAGUUAGUUGCAUGCUCUGUGCCGAGAGCAUGCUGUAUCAUUGUAUGUCAGACUCAGAGGGAGACUUUUCUGACCCUUGUUCAUGUGACACUAGCGAUGACAAGUUCUGCCUAAGGUGGUUAGCCCUGGUAGCUCUGUCCUUCAUUGUACCAUGUAUGUGCUGCUACGUCCCUUUGAGAAUGUGCCAUCGCUGUGGUGAGGCGUGUGGGUGCUGCGGCGGGAAGCAUAAGGCUGCUGGGUGAAGCCGUGCAGGGCUGGCAUGAGCUUAAAAUCUUCAUCUCCAGGAGUUAGCUAACUUGGAUUUGUGGAAGCUGUUGGCAAGCAGUAUGGAAUCUUGCCUGGUAUCAUUGGGGCCACGCGUGGAGGAAGCAGAACUCGUCAGUUGUUGAGAUUUACAGAUGCUAGCCAUGCCUGAUGUCUUCCCUGAGUGCAUGGCAUGUUCUGGGACAGAUCAUAGAGCAUUUACAGAAGGAAGUCAUUUCUGGUUAUUGACUACAAAAGGUCAACAUAGAAUAUGAUCCAACUAAAAGGGAUUAAUUUUGGCAUUUUUAUAUUUAUGCACUAGGUGAUGGGACUUUUUAAAGAUUUGAAUUCUUUAGGACAUUAACUAAAAAGUGCACUAAAGGACAGUGAUUUCAGUACAGAAAAGUUAAUACUUGGGAAACUAAAAGAGAUAAAACAAGUGCAACUAAAUCAUUAGUUGUUUUUUGAAAGCAGUUUUAUGUAUAAAUAACAAAUGUUUAUAUUUAACUAAAUGUAAGGUACGAACUAUGGCAUAUUAAACUUUUCUUGCCCUUCUAGCUCUGAGGUAGAUGUGCACCCGUCUACCGCCACAUUCCAUAUAUUUUGAGUAUUUAACUCAUCUAGUUAAUAACGUUUGUAUCCAUGUGAAAGAUUUGGUAAGUUCAUCCUCACUUCUCUUUGGCUGCAGUUUAUAUUGAGUUAUAUCUGUACAUUCUGGAAAUCUAAAAUCUUUAAAAUACUCUAUAAUAGCCUUGAGUGACCAACCUUUUUUUUUUUUAAGCACAGAUGUAAUUGUCUAAUGUUCUGAUGGAAACGUAACACUUAUUUUUAUAUGAAGAGACUGAGUAAACAUAGAAGAAAGAGAAGGGGUUUAGUUGUUUUGUUUUGUGGUAUUCAACCAGCAAGUUGUUUUCUUUCAGAGUUUCCUCCUUCAAAAAGCUUAACUGCAUUUAUAAAGGUUUUACAAGGCAGAAGCGUUAACUGGACAGUUAGUGUGGGACAGUCUCCUCCUGAGGUCUCGGCUUCCCGUUCUGCUAAGCCGGAACGUGCACAGCUGUCUCACUGAUUUUUCCGCGCUUAAUCCUCUGUGCUUGUUACUCACGCAACAAUAUAACACUUCUCAGUUGCAUUUUAUGUCAUUUCAGCUAGCCAGGAGCAAAGUUACUUUACAUUAAAAUGUAUGCAGAACUCUCCCAGGAAAGUAUUUAAUCUGCCAUUGUGAACGGAAGAUCUUGUACAUCACAUUCCUGUCACAAAGCAUUUGUAUUAGGAGAUGUUUGAUUUACAAAGUGGUAUGAUCCAACAAACAGUUUUAAAGUCCUUUGGGGUCAAAUUGCCUAAAUGGCCUUUUUUUUUUUUUUUUUUUUUUUUUAAUGUUACAGUAAAACUAACCAUGUGAGGGAUUCUUUCAAAAAUACUUCUUUAGGGAGGAAAGUUAAGCAGUGUGCCGGGUUUUUGUUGUUGUUUGUCUGUUUGUUUUUCUAAACGGCUUAAAGUUUCUGAUGUGAUAGAAAAUGAAAAUCACACUACCAUUUGAAAUUCAUUCUACAGGUUUUCAGUGUCAUUUCCGUAGCGUUCAUUCUGUGUGUCACACUUAAGCUUGCGUUAGCUUUCUUCUUUUGCCCCAGGUCAAACUGAACAAUGUAUAUAUAACACUAUCUGUCUGUAAAAUACUUUUUUUUUUUAAGAAAGCAUUUAUAUUUAUAUGACAGCUUGAACUGACAACAUUAUGUAUAUAGAUCAUCUUGAAGUAUUAUUUCACAUUGAAAAGAAGAAAAAUAUAUUGAUAACUAUAGAUGUUAUGAAGAAGAGGCUAUUUCUAGUUUUGUACUAAAAAUCAAUUGGAUGAACAAAAUCCAAAACCGGACACUGUAGCAGCAAUUUUAAGUCUUAUUUUUACUGUUUCUAUAUUUGGAGGCUGCUACACAGAUGAUCUUCACCCCUGACGUUCUCAGAUAAACUUGGUUUCCUAGAGCAGACUGUUAACUUUCAAAAUUCCUUUUUAUUGUUGAAAUAGAAAUACUGGUUUUCCUUGUGAAUGAUUAUUCAUAUUUGUAAGUUCUGGGUUUAUAAUUCAGGUUGGAGCAAGGUGUGAAUAACUGAAGAAAAUAACUUGCUGGCUACAUAGGAAAUGCCGUGGAAAUGAACUGUGUAUAUACUUCUGGGAAGAACAAGUUUAAUCUUUCUUUUCUGUUAAGCACUAGUCACUACAGUGCAUCUCCUGGUUCUGUACUGUAUUUUAUACGCAGUAUACAUGCUUUAAUAUUUUAAUGUUUGUGCAUUAAUAUUUUCAGUUUGUUUAACCACUUUGCUGCUAAGAUUUUGCCAUCCCGUUCCCAUUUUUUCCUUUACAAUUUUAAACAUUUCUCUUCAUUAAAAACUAUGGUAAUGAAAUUA